UUGAGCAACCUUAGCGAAUGAAAGGCCAAGAAUGCAAAACUCUGCCACGCCCACUGUAGCGCAGAGUGGAAUCUUGCUUGGCGUUGAUGCAGACAACUCGUUCCACAAGACGAACCCGCUCCGAGUAACCGCAGCCUCGAGCCCAGAUGCGACUCUGACUCCUCUGGGGCGCGUUGGCCGGGAGGCUAUGGUAAAGACUGAAAUAGCAGCCGAUACAGACAGACAAAAGGGAGGGAGACCGCUUCUUGUUCCUCCCAACCCGCCUUUGAAUGUGAGCUGUCCGCGGUACCUGGACGGGAAAGAUGCAGCAAAGAAGAUGCGGCUUUUUGAUGGUUUUAUCCUUUUUACUACAGAUGGGGAACGCAGAUGUUUUUUCUGGUGACCAUGACCGCUACAUGACCAGGACCGGUGAGGGGAGGAGGUGGUCGGACAGCCCGGUCCUGGUGUACCGUCACGUGGACCAAGAUGGCCAGGAGAGGACCCUGGGUCUGGAGACACCCGGGUGGCAGCGUGGUGGGGACAGAGACAGUCUCCAUGCCUUGGUUAACACCCUCAAUGCCCAGCACCAGGCCAGACUGGACAGCUUCAGCAGGGACAUGGCCAGGGUGGACAUGGCCAGGGUGGACAUGGCCAGGGUGGACAGCCUCCUCACCCAGUCCUCCCAGACCCAUGCCAGGCUGGCUAAGCUGAUGCCCGCUGCCCUGCUGGAGUCUCGGUUCCGCCAGGCGCCCCGUGGGCAUGGAGCCGUCAGCCUGUUGGCACAGCCGGAGCAGGAGGUACGGGUGGAGAAUGCUCCAGUCUCAGCACGCUAUAUCGUCACCGUGAACCUGCAGGUUGAUGUGAGGAGGUUAAAUGUGUCUCUUCUAAAGCGGUUCAGAGAGGGGGUAGCUGCUGCUCUGGACAUCUCCCCCAGACACCUCCACAUCAACAGACUCAAUGAGAGGAAGAAUGGCAUUGAGCUGUAUGUGUCAUCUGAUAGGCCAGGGGCCACGGAGCCCUUCCCAGCAGAGGAAGUUAUCCAAUCACUGAACAUCAACAUCCUGCAUCGUAGCCUGGGUCACUUCGGCAUCACAGAGGUCUCCUCAGAGAAGAAUGUGCUACAGGAUCAACAUGAGAGGGACAAUGUUUGGACUAAAGAGGGAUUCUUUGCUGCGAUCAUCUUCCUCACCAUCUUCAUCAUCAUCACCACCUGUUUGAUGGUCCUCUACCGUCUAAAGGAGAAGGUUGAGUAUUCUGACAGGCAGAUCAAAGAGCAGCCCGUGUUCCCCAGCCGCAACCUUCACCUGACCCCUGUCACCGUCCUACCCCCGGUCCCGCUGCACGCCGUCGGAGCCCAGACCCAGCCCCAGGUCCCCUUCUCUAGCAGCAUGGUCCAAGCAGAGCCAGCACCACCUUGUAUACCCACAUCCAUACCUCCACCCAGAGCCUGCUGUCCUCCACCCACCACCCCUGUCCCCAUCCCUGUCUCCAGCUCCAGCUGUGGUCCUCCACAGCUCCCCCCAGCCCACCAGAAACCCUGCCUGUCAGCCAGCCCCUCUCCCUUCAGGAUGAAGGCUGCCGCGUGUCUACAGGAGAGGAGAGGCUCCAACGUCUCCCUGGUGCUGGACAUGUCCUCACUGGCCUCGGUGGAGCCCCUGAACUGUGGGCUGGUGACCCCCAGAGCGAGGGCCACUCAGGAGUACCUGCAGUCAGCCGGCCGGACCCUGUCCAGACAGCAGCUACGAGACGUGGUGCUCAACACACAGACGCUACACGCAGAAUUCGCUGAAAUCCCAAUGAACUUUGUGGAUCCAAAGGUGAUGGACAUUUCCAGUCAUGGAACCAAAAACAGAUACAAGACAAUACUGCCAAAUCCACAUUCCAGAGUGAUCCUGAGGACCAAGAGCUCCUUCGACCCUCUCAGCAGCUACAUCAACGCCAACUACAUUAGGGGUUACCUAGGCGAUGAGAAGGCCUACAUCGCCACCCAGGGUCCCAUGAUCAACACAGUGAAUGAUUUCUGGCAGAUGGCCUGGCAGGAAGACUGUCCUGUCAUCAUCAUGAUCACCAAGCUCAGGGAGAAGAACGAGAAAUGUGUUCUGUACUGGCCAGAGAGGCGUGGUAUCUAUGGCAAGGUGGAGGUGCUCAUUAACAACGUGACAGAGUGUGACAACUACACCUGCAGGACCCUCAUCCUGAAGCAAGGGGCCCAGAGUCGUGUGGUGAAGCACUACUGGUACACGUCAUGGCCGGACCAUAAGACCCCAGACAGUGCCCAGCCCCUGCUCCAGCUGAUGAGAGACGUGGAGGAGGACAGGACGGGCUCCCCAUCGCAGGGACCCGUCAUCGUACACUGCAGCGCAGGGAUUGGCCGAACGGGCUGCUUCAUCGCCACGACGAUAGGCUGCCGUCAGUUGGAGCUGGAGGGAGUGGUGGAUGUGCUGGGGAUUGUGUGUCAGCUCAGAGCGGACAGAGGAGGCCUGAUCCAGACAGGGGAGCAGUACGAGUUUGUCCACCACGCCUUGAGCCUCUUCGAGACCCGCCUCUCCACCGAUACUGGCCAAUGAACAGAGGCCAGGAAGUUUUCACGGGACAUGCCAGGUUUUUUCAGGAAGUGGAAUUUAAUUCCCCCUAGUGGGAAGGACCUAUCUUACCUGGUGACUGUGAGGUCAUGUGACUAAUGAGGAAGUGGAUGUUUGGGUGACGAUUGGAUGGUAGAUGUCCUUGUGGGCUUAGUCUUUGUGGACAUGUAUGGACAGCCUGGACUGCUAUUGGCUGAUUGAUUGAGUCACCUUACAGAGAGAGAGAGACGGAGGUAUGGACAGCCUGGACUGCUAUUGGCUGAUUGAUUGAGUCACCUUACAGAGAGAGAGAGACGGAGGUAUGGACAGCCUGGACUGCUAUUGGCUGAUUGAUUGAGUCACCUUACAGAGAGAGAGACGGAGGUAUGGACAGGUGAUUUUGUCUCUGAAUGUAACGUAUGCUUUCUUCCCUUCCUCCUUUUCCUCCUCCUCUUCUUCUUCUUCUUCUACUACUUCCUGUCAUUCGUGAGCAGCUCUGCUUCUGAAAACGUUGUUGUGAGCAACCUGCCUCUGUCCAAUCAAACUUUCUGAUACUGCAGCUCUGUCCAAUCAGAUUGCCUGAUAUUGAUUCUGUAGUAUACCUACACUCUGACCUCUUACUACUAUGUGCUACAGUAGAUGGGUAGGUAGUCUGUGGUCCUUGAAUCGUCCAUGGUGUUUCUAUUAAAAAGCAAAAGGUACGUUGUCGAAAUUAAUAGCACUUGUCUUUGUGACUUUACUAGGAUAUUUUUGAAUUAUGAUUUUUAUUUUUAACUAUGUGCUGAUACACAAAGGGUAUUAUUCUAAAGACUGUUAUAAUCUAUUGGAGGAUGGCUUUUCUCUCAGUAACACACUAGAAGCUGCCCCUCUGCCAUAUAGUAUACCUCUGAUAGCAUGUUGAUCAUCCAUUGAAACAUCAGUGUAUGAAAGGUGAGGGAACGAUUGGGCCUGUCUGCACGGUACUACACAUCAAAAGGUCUUUACGCUAUGGGGAUGGCCAUUAUACACACUGAAUUGGAAGCAAAUAACAAAAAAGCCAGCCGACACGCGGCCCUUCAGGAAUUGAGUUUGGCAGCCCCCUGCUAUAGGCCACCCUAUAGAUCUACCUUAUUCACAGAGAACUGUCAUGGACGCCGUGUGAUCCAAUGUUGUUCCAUACCAAAGCUCGAUGUUAUGACUUACUGUGUGAUCUACCCUGGCUCUGAAAUGGCAUGACAUUUCAUCAGUAAAUUAAUCUUACUACCAAAACACUUUUUUUUUUUCAGACAAUCAUUUAUUUUCCAUUCCUUAGCUUUCAAAUCCCUCCUUAGGUAUAUUGCUUUGUAAAUUAAAGGCCCAGUGCAGUCAGAAACAUGAUUUUAUUUCUGUGUUUAAUAUGUAUUCACAUACUAUGAUGUUGGAAUAAGUACCUUACAAAAGUAAGGCAGUUAAUUGAAAUUGAGAUAAAAACGGCUGCGUUGGACCUUGAAGCAUCACAGAUAAUUAUAUGACUACUUUCUUUACCAAAAUGUAAACGUUUGCGUUUAAAUGACAAUGGUGCACUCAUGUUUUGUUUAAUUGUUGAUCAUAUAGAUUAAAUUAUAGUAAUAAUAAUACUUUUAGUUUUAUACAAUAUUAAGAUCAUGUUUUGAUGUGUAACAGUAAACUUUUAGACAUUAUGUUUCUCUGUAUGACUGAAUGGUAUAGAUUCCCAUACACUUUAUCUCUGAAACAAAACAAUUAUUACAAUGAUAAGGUCAAUCA